UCGUGUUGUUUCCCAACAAAGCUAUAGAGCAUUCUCCCUUCCCACCUUGAGUGCCUCUAGCAAAUUUCUACUGCUUGUGUUGCUUUCCCCUUAUAUCUUUCUCCCUCUGCCUCAGUCUGUCUCUGUCUCAGUCACAGCACCACACCAUCCAACCCAGCUAAUCUUCUUUUCCACCACGUUUGUGAGUUUCUAUAAGAUUUUGAGGGAGAGAAGACAAGGCGAAAAUGGCCGACAGUGCUGUUACUUUCCUACUACAGUACUUGCCUCAGCUACUCAUACGAGAAGCAAAUUAUCUGGCGGGAGUGAAGGGUCUAGUCGAGUCAGUUCUUAGACAGCUUAAGCUGAUAAAUGCCUUCCUCAUGGACUCUGAGGGUAAAAGGAACGAGCAUGAAAUAGUGAAGGAGAUAGUCAGACAAAUCAGAGACGUUGCUCACAAGGCGGAGGACGUGAUCGACUUAUACGUCGACAAGGCCGCAAAGCAGAAGAGGAGGAGCAAAAUGGGGAAGGCAGUCCAUUUUAUCAACCACAAAGCGGAGCUUCACGAUAUUAGAAAUCAGAUAGAAGGUAUCAAUCAAGAAAUCGAAAAAAUCUACAAAGAUAGAGAGACGUUCAACAUUAUAAGAAGUGAAGAGGAAGCUAGCAUGGAGGCAAGGGCAGCAAAGGAGUUGCACAAUCGUAGGAGAUACGUGGAGGAAGAUGACGUGGUGGGGUUUGUUCACGGCUCAUCCAUGUUGGUGAAGCAGCUUACUGAAGGGAAACAAGAGCUUGAUGUCAGUUCGAUCAUUGGUAUGGGUGGUCUAGGAAAGACCACUCUUGCUAAGAAAGUCUAUAACAAUGUUAGCAUCAAGAGUCACUUCAACUGCCGCGCGUGGGUAUAUGUAUCCCAAGAUUUCAAAUGCAAAGAGAUGCUAAUUGAAAUUUUUAGGUCAGCUAUGCAAACAUCAGAAUCUAAGUUUCAUCCGACGUUACUGGGGGAGCAAUCGGAUAGGAAACUCGAAGAGUACAGUGAGAAAGAAUUGAAAGACAAUUUGGAGAGUUACUUGCGAGGGAAGAAGUACCUAAUAGUUAUGGACGACGUAUGGAAUGAAGAAGUCUGGGAUGAGGUAAAAACUGCUUUCCCUGAUAACGUGAAUGGAAGCAGAAUAUUGAUCACAAGCCGUGAAAAAGAAGUGGCUUCAUGUGCAAGACGUGGUACUCUUCCGUACCAUCUCCCAUUUCUUAAUGGGGAGGAAAGUUGGGAACUCUUGAGAAAGAAGGUUUUCCGAGGAGAAGAAUGUCCUCCUGAGCUUGUAAAUCUUGGGAAACAAAUUGCAGAAAGUUGUGAUGGCUUACCACUUUCUAUUGUGGUAAUGGGUGGUCUUUUGGCAAACAAAGACAGGAGAACGCAAACAUGGGAGAAAUAUAAUCGUGACCCAAAUCGGUAUCUUACUGAUGAUAAAAAAAAAUGCAAAGACAUACUGGCCUUAAGCUACACCCACCUCCCUCGAUACUUGAAACCAUGCUUUUUGUAUUUUGGAGUAUACCCGGAAGACUAUGAGAUCCCUGUAAGGCAACUGAUCCAACUGUGGAUAGCUGAGGGAUUCAUAGAGGUCACAAGAAAUAGUACCUUGGAGGAUGUCGCUGAAGACUACUUGGAGAAUCUCAUUGAUCGAAGCUUGAUACAGGUAGCUAGCAGGAGGACAGAUGGAGGUGUAAAGACAUGUCGUAUCCAUGAUCUUCUGCGAGACCUUUGCAUAUCUGAGAGCAAAGAAGAUAAGUUUUUUUGGUUCAUAUGGAAUCUAUGGAUGUUAAACCUUUCACCACCGACAAUACCCGCAGGCUUUCCAUCCUGGGUAGCACUCCUCUAAGCUUUUCUUCAAAUUCCUCUGAUCCUUCUAUCCGUUCUUUGUUGUUCUUUCACCAAGAUUCCUUUAAAAAAGAGCAUUGGAAAUGGGUCCGUAAAAACUUUAAGUUGAUUCGGGUGCUUAAUAUCGGGCGUGCAGUUCUCUACUCCAUUCCCAAUAAUGUAGAAAAAUUCUUUCAUUUGAAGUACUUAAGGUUAGAAAUUGAAGCAUCAGACGUUAUUCCGGAUUGUAUUUGUAACCUUCCAAGUCUGGAGACACUGGAUGCUAGGCGUUGUACACAGAAAUUCCUACCAACUGAGAUAUGGAAGCUACAACGUUUGAGGAUUUUGUAUCUGUUGGGGCCUGUGACUAUUCCUGCCCCUGUCGACACAGACGUUGAAGCUCUGAGGUGCCUCCAAGUCCUUUCGACUAUAGUAGUUGACGCACAAACGGCGUCUUUCAUUAUUCAGGGCAAGUUUCCUAAUUUAAGGAAAUUAGGAAUAUGCUAUACGUUACGGAAUGCCGCGAAGGUGAGACCACAGGAAGCCUUGGCAAGCCUACAUCAUUUACGUCAUCUUGAAAAUUUAAAAAUUCUACUGUGUAGAGAGCUUCCUGCAAGUCCGGAUUCAUUUCCAUUAACAAUCACAAAGAUUACCUUAGUAGAUGCAGACCUAAACGUCCUGAUAGUGUUGGGAAACCUUCCCAAACUUAGGAUACUGAAACUAGAAGAUACAUGUGAAAAUAAUAACCAAAGCCUCCGCCUCAUUGCAGGUUCGUUUCCUAAGCUUGAAGUCCUUAAAUUGGAUCAUUUGUCCAUAAAGGAAUGGAAACUGGGGAGAGGUGCAAUGCCAAGCCUCAGGCAUUUGGUUAUCAAAAAAUGCAGAUGGUUGACCAUACUCCCUCAGCAGGAGCUUUGUGGUAUGACUUCGUUGCGAGAUGUGGAGGUGUUAUGGACCACCUUCAAAUUGACAGGGAUGCUUCAAGAAUUGCAGAAGAAUAUUGAAUUUAAGCUACAAAUCUAUCCUCCUACAAAUGAUCACUACUAUCGUGAAGAUUUGCCAAAUUGGCACUCCUGGUGACUUUAUAUCGAGAACUUUGAAGGAAAGAUGAUGGUUGCUGUCAUGAGGUUUGCCUUUCAAUUGCUGUUAUGAAGUUCAUGGAAUAGCUGCCCCUUGGGCCAUGGUUUUGGUGGGGGAAGAGAUGCUCCUUGGUUCCUGGUCAGCUGGUGCCGUUUCUUAUAAUGGAUUUAAUGCUUUGGUUUGAUUUAAUACUCAUGAAAAAUAAAUUCAUUUAACUUGCAUUUUGCUUUUUCUAGUGAUGUGUAAUAUCUUUCAUAAUUGGAGAUCUGCAGUGUAGCAGACAGUUUAAAUAAAAUGUUGGUUUUUGCUUGCUUUUCUUAAA